GCUCCCUUGAACAAGCUAAAAAAACCUUUUCCAACACGUACUUGCUGGUGGGAUGUUGCAGCGAUGCUGUCACGCACAAAUUCAAGGGUAAAACUGUUAUGACCGAGGACGAGCGCUAUGAAUCCCUCCGCCAUUGCAAGUGGGUGGAUGAAGUUAUUCCUGAUGCCCCAUGGGUGAUAAAUCAAGAAUUCCUAGACAAGCAUCGAAUUGACUUUGUGGCACAUGAUGCUCUUCCUUAUGCUGAUGCUAGUGGAGCAGGAAAGGAUGUCUAUGAAUUUGUCAAAGCUGUUGGUAGGUUUAAAGAAACAAAUCGUACUGAAGGAAUUUCUACUUCUGACAUUAUUAUGAGGAUAGUUAAAGACUAUAACCAGUAUGUCAUCCGCAAUCUGGAUCGUGGAUAUUCAAGAAAAGAACUCGGUGUCAGCUAUGUUAAGGAAAAACGCCUUAGGGUGAACAUGAGAUUGAAAAAGUUACAGGAGAAGGUUAAGGAACAUCAAGAGAAAGUUGGAGAAAAGAUUCAAAUCGUUGCAAAAACAGCUGGUAUGCAUCGCAAUGAAUGGAUUGAAAAUGCUGACCGGUUGGUUGCUGGUUUUCUUGAAAUGUUUGAAGAGGGUUGUCAUAAAAUGGGAACAGCCAUAAGGGAUAGAAUUCAAGAACGAUUAAGAGGUCAGCACCAGAGGGAUCUGCUAGAAAAUGGGAAUGGAGAAGAAGAUGAUGAUGAUGAUGAUGAUUACUAUUAUGAUGAUGAGGAAGAGGAUGAAGAAUAUUUUGAUGAAGAUUAUAAUGACCACAAGCAAUGACAGUUUACACGCGAAUUUUUCUGUUGUGGUCUAAUGUGCCAUGUUGUAUUAUUAAUGUGUAAUCCAGUCAUUGCAGAAGGGUAUUAUGACCAUGAAUGCAGAUUUUGGAGAGUUUGUGUAUCUUUUUCUUUUAUAGGCGCCGUAUAAUCAUACAAUGGAAAAGAGUCAAGUCCGCUGCUGAAAAGCCUGAAAUGUGUGUGUAUUAUCUUACGGUUACAGUCUUACCGAGGCAAAGUCAGCUUUAAUACCUAUGUGCUUUCACUAAAUUUUCACACAUAUCAGCUCUGCAAUUGAUGUUUUGUUUAUACGAUUGGUUCACACUUCACAACUUCACAUCACUAUUUCAUCAUUUAUUCAUAUUUUAAUUGUUUAA